GUCUGAUUUACGCAGGCAAAAUGAUGUGUCGAAUAUUAAUGUUUAUACUGUUACUAUGCAGUAUCAAUUGUCAAGAAAGUUCUCUCUAUCUUCAAACUGCUGUGAGGGAUCUACGAAGAAUGAAUUACAGACAAACAUUGCGAAGAGCAGAUACAUUGAUAACGAAAAGUACACCUAGACAGGAAACACCACCAUCAGAGGGCGUGGUAAUUCCACCUUUGAGUUUAACAAAAGGAGAAUUAGCAGCGCUUUACGAAAGUGCUAUAGCAAAAGGAGAGACCUUGAAACUAGACACUGGAGACAACGGAUACUUACAUGCGGCUGUCCAUGAAUUGGACCAUGAAAUGUCUGAUUCCAACCACGAGCAUCCUCCGGGUGGGGAAGAGUCUAAACAUGAAGACGGAUAUUACUAUUAUUAUUAUCCCGUUAAAAGUUUUAUGGAUGAAAUGGCCAGCGGCAGUUCUACUCGAGAAGAAUCCAAACCAUGGAAAUAUUCAACUACAACUCACCGUCCACCUUAUCAGUACCAUUCACAUCAUCACGAGGUUACAAUUAAAAAGGAGAGUGAACCAAAGGAAAACAAGGAAAAGAAAGGACUAGAACCACUUUUUAUGGCAAUAUCUGGAUUUGUAGGCAUGGCAGUUAUGUUUGUGAUAUCCAUGUUAAUAUUACCAAAAUUUGAAAAUAAAAAACCGAAGAAAGCAUCAUUGUGGCAUAAAAAUGAGGACAUGGAUGAACUUGCUAGAUUAGCUUUGAACGCAAUAGAAGGAAAGGAUUGCAGAGAAAGAUUUGCGUGUGAAUUGAGGAAAACAGCAAGAAAUUUCAAUUUACAGGACAACCGAUUUAUAAAGUUAUUGAAACGUAUAGCCCCUGGUACAUUUGGAAGCCAGCUUGAUAGGAUAUCUAAAUAUGGAGAUAGGCAACUUCAAUGUACUCUUAUACCGUGUACAAAGAGAGUUGUUAAAAUCCAAAAAACGAAUAUAAAAAAGACUCCCGUGAAGAAAAAGAACGUUGCUCAAAAAAAGAACUAGUUGCCACCAAAGUUAUUAGUUUGUAGUAAUUUAUUCAUAUAUUUAUUUUAUUUAUUGCAUUAGUUUAAGGGUUUAGAAAGCAAUUCUUUAGAUGCAAAAGUCCGUAUAUACAGGAAUAGACAUGUGGUAGAAUCCCUCUCGAAAAUAAUUAUAAUUUUCAA